AUGGAUUCCAAGACCCCAGUCACCCUAGCUAAAGUCAUCAAAGUUUUAGGCCGUACCGGUUCUCGUGGUGGUGUUACCCAAGUUCGUGUUGAAUUCUUGGAAGACACUUCCCGUACCAUUGUCAGAAACGUCAAGGGUCCAGUUAGAGAAAACGAUAUUUUGGUCUUGAUGGAAUCUGAACGUGAAGCUCGUCGUUUGCGUUAA